AUGACAACCGGAAUCGACCAUCUACCUGAAAAAUAUGACGAUCUCCCCAACACGAGACAAUACUGGCCGGCAGCCGCUGGAUCACCGGAAGAGGGUCUAGGCAUGCUUCGCAUUCUGACCCCGGAGAUCGUAGCGGAUGCCGCGCGCACACAGAUUCAAACUGGGUUGAGAGUCUGUUUAAACUGGGAUCUGGAACAGUUGGAUACACCAGUAUGCCCGGGACGGCCCAUUAACUCGCCUGCAGGAUUCCGCCGAAAGCCUUUCGAACAUCGCAUCAAAUGGGUGGCUCCCGGUAUCGCGUUCGACGAUGAGUAUCAUUUUAAUCCACAACAAUCCUCUCAGUGGGAUGGACUCCGACACCAUAGUGCACCUGCCCCGACGCUGGAGGACCAAGCUCGCCGCGUAUUCUACGGUGGUACUACAGCGGAAGAAAUCCAGGACUCGAACUCAUCACGGAUCGGUAUUGGGUACUGGGCUAAGAAGGGAAUCGCCGGUCGGGGCGUCUUGAUUGACUACUUAUCCUGGGCCGAGAAGAAGGGCAUUACGGUAAAUGGACUCAGCCAGCAUGUGGUACCUCUAGACGAUGUGCUAGCCAUCGCACGCGAAUGCAACAUCGAGUUCCAGCGAGGAGACAUCUUCUUUCUCCGCGUGGGCCUCACCAAGACCUGGUACUCCAUGAGCGACGCCCAGAAGCAGGAAUACAGCCAGCAAACGGUGCCCAAGCAUGCGGGACUCGAGCAGAGUGAGAACGUGCUCCGGUUUAUGUGGGAUAACCACUUUGCAGCGGUGGCAUCCGACGCGGUGAGUUUCGAGGUCUUCCCGGCUCUCAAACCCGAGUUUGAUCUACACCAUCAUAUGCUUGCCGGUUGGGGAUUGCCGAUCGGCGAAAUGUUCGACCUGGAGGAGUUGGCGGAGACAUGCAAGCAACUGGGGCGCUGGACCUUCUUUAUUUCUAGCAGUCCGCUGAAUUGUGCUCGGGGCGUUUCGAGUCCGCCUAAUUUGUCCAUCCGCGCAGAUACAAUCCGCGACCUCCUCCCGGGAGCCUCAUCCAUCAUGACCUGGAAAACCAUAGCACUAAUCCUGGCAGUCAUCAACCUGAAGAACCUCCCAUUUGUCUGGCAUUCCAACAGCACGUAUUUCUCGGAUUUGGACAUCUCGCGGACGGCGCUCGUCACGCGACUGUACACGCCGGGGCUGCGUGUCGUGAGCAAGGAGCUCGAUGUCGAGCUCGGCGAUGCUGCGCGGCGCGAGGGGAAGAAGCCGCCGGCGCACAAGAACAUGUAUGUCGCGCUUGGGUCGGUGUUUUGUUCUUUCAAGCGGGAGAUCAAGCCAUUCGAGCUCUAUGAGAUCGAGACGAAGGUGAUUGCGUGGGAUCAGAAGUGGAUGUAUGUGUUGAGUUUCUUCCUUAGGCCUGCGAAGGCCGGCGGGAAGAGGUCGCUUUUUGCUACGGCCGUUAGUAAGUAUGUUGUUAAGAAGGGCCGGCUUACGGUUCCCCCGGAGAGGGUGCUCAGGGCCAGUGGGUUUUUGCCGCAGCGUCCGGAGGGCGAUGUGUUGGUCGCUGAUAGUUCGGUGGAGGGCUCCGGGGUUGGGACGCCGGCUGGGGAAGGGAUUACGGCUACGGCUGGGGUUGAUGGGGCGUUGGUGAGGGAGGUUCUGAAGGUCAGUGAGGGUGAUAUCCCUGAGACGAAGUUGGAAGAGGAGAAGAAGGCAAAUUCUGAGUCGUGGAGCAUGGUUGAGUGGACCUGGGAGAUGAUUGAAGAGGAGAGACGACGGGGGUUGGAGGUGGUGGCAGGUUAUAUCAAUAUGGAUACGAAGCUACAUGACGAAUGGGAGCGGUGA